GAAAAGAUAGCAGAGAGCAUUGGAUGUCCUGUUGGUGCUAAAUGCUAUAGCCUCAAGAAAGGCCUAAUCGUACACUAGUCUUUGUGGUUCCUGCCGGCAACCAUCAGUGCUCCAUGGCCGCAUCUGGUUGUACUCUUCACACUUUCUCUCAACCCCGUCUACCAACCCUAUCUCCUUCCACCAUUAAAACUUUCAGUUGUUUUCCCCGUGGAAGUACAAGUUACAGAACCAACACUACUACUCCAUUGAGAGCAGCAAAGAGUAGUGACAGUGGCGCAACUGAUAAAAAGAAAGAAGAGAAACAAGAUGAAGAGGAGGCGGUUGAAGAGGAGCUGCCAUGGAUACAAGAGAAAGCAUUGGACCUCGUUGAAUUCACAGGUUCAGUUACUCAGGCAAUUCCUGGUCCCAGGGUUGGCCGUAGCUCCUUACCAUGGAUUCUUGCUGUGCCUUUGACUUACUUUGGCAUCACUUUUGUCAUUGCCUUUGUUAAAACCGUCCGCAAGUUCAAUUCUCCUCGGGAGAAGCGUCGAAAAUUGGUCAAUAAAAAUGCUGUGCUAUGCAAGUCGAUCGACGAGUUAUUUAAGAAAGGAAAAGACAAUGUUGAGCCUGCAACUUUGAAGGAACUGGCACAAAAGACAGGUUUUGAUAUGGAGGAGAUUUUCCGAAAAUAUAUUCGGUACUCCUUGAAUGAGAAGCCAUUUAGCCCGGAUUUAAUAGCAAAUUUAAUUCAUUUGAGGAAAGCAUCCUUGUUGACUGAUUCUGAAGUAGCUGGAAUACUGAAUGAAAUUUCACGUCGAAUUGUUCAAGACAAAGGUCCAGUUGUUAUGGAUACCUCAGGCUAUUCUGAGAAGGGUUUGAAGAGAAAACUUGCUGUGCAAGCUCUUUUUGGGAAGAUUUAUUAUCUCUCUGAGCUUCCAGAAUUCUGCUCAAGGGAUAGCUCCUUAACUGUUAAGGAAAUAUUUGGAGUGGCCGAUGAGGAUGCUGAAAAGCUUAGGUUACAUACUAUCCCAGACGUUGGAAACAUGGAUUCACUUGAGAGGAUGGUGAACGGGUCAGAUUCAGAAGAUUCGGGUGAUGAAUCGGCUAAUGAUUCUUGAUUCACGCGCACUUCAGUGUAGGGCAGCUGUAGGUUGGGACAUUGCAGAGAGUAAUACCAAAUAUGACAAGAGAACUCUAUAUAACCUACAGACCACACAAACUAUCCCCGACAGCGGAAAAAGAGAAGUCAGAACUUAAAACGCGGCAGCUAUAACUAAUCACCAUGAGGCUUGUGAAAUUUUGUCUAGAAUUGCUUCAGUGUUGUGCCCACAACACUUCUGAUACAAAAUACUUGUGUUUGUUGCAUGUGUGUUGUUUUGAGGUAGACGUAUUUCAAUAGUGUAAGUCUUGAAACAACAGAAAUUAUUACAAAUUCCCCAGUGCUGGGAAACAUGAUUUGUAAGCUUA